GUAGGAAAGUAUUUGUGUAUGGCAUGUCUCUCUCUGUGUAUGAGUCUGUGGUGUUGAUGGGCUUAAAAAGAGCUGCAGUUCUGGUGAAAGUCACACAUCUGCAAACUCUCAGAGUGAGCGAUUCAGACAGAAUGAUGGGCCUCCGCUCUCUCUUGCUCCUCUUCAGCACAACUCUACUGAUGUCCACUUCUUCUUCUCAUGCCAGUGGAGCAGUAACUCCGUGCUGUAUAGAGAUGAAAGGCACUAUGGUGCGUCGUGACCUGAUCAAGCGCUACUACAUACAAGACACAGCCAUGUGUAACCUCAAGGCAGUGACGUUUGUCACAGUGAAAGGCAUACGAAUCUGCUCUGACCCUUCCAACCCCUGGGCAAAGAAAACCAUGCAGUACCUGGACAAUAAGAACAAGCCUCACACACUGAAAAAACAUCACAUCACAUCAACUACUACUACUACGACCACCGCCGCACAACCAGCAAAAUACAACCCUCACAAAACAACAUUUUCAGCUCACAACCCCAAAAUUGCAUCUCAAUGGCCAACGACUCUCACCACAAGACAAUGAAGAACAUAGAAUGUUCCAGUUACCUCAUAGUAAAUGAGACUAUUGACUUUGAAUAUUUGAACAUUCUCAAAAUGCUGUGCUUAUAACA